CACGGUCCUGAGCAUUUGACUCAUCCAUAAGCUUCUUCGCCACCUUGCCUUCAUCCUAUCAGCGAGCAUCUUUGCCAACAGUGCGUCCGCGAGCAUCUUUGCCGACGGUGCGUGGACCUUGCAGCUUUGUCGGUGAGGAUGAAGGCAGAUCAGCGGUCCUCGUGGAGCUGUCGGGGACAGCUUCUAUCCGUCCUCGGAUUGGCUUCUUUUCUCUCGGAGUUGUGCGUUGGUGCUUCGCUCUCUGCGAGGCCACAAGGAAGGAUGAAUGGCUUUCUUGCUAUGCCCAAGGUCACCUUGCGCGGCUUCCAGAGGCGCUCUGCAUCGCGGCUGUCAUCAUCUCCAGCUGACGUCUAUCCCCUACCCGUCCUGCAGCUCCCUCCAAGUUCCAAUGCGACAUCGCUGGUGAGGGAGUCCGUCGUGCGUCAGUCGCCUGCCGACACACCCGCCCCUCCCCCGCCAUCUGAAGACUCGAAGGAAGAGCUGGCGCGCAGGACGGUUGUCGAUCUGGACGCGGAUGUGCCGCUCACACUUGACCUGGACAACGCACAGGUGGCUGAGCUGAAGAGGGAGGAGGCGCGCAAAGAGGUGGAGGCUUUCGAAGCGGCACAAAGGGAGAUGGAGCGGGAGGUGAACCGCACACGGAUGCAGCAGAAAAUGAUCGAUGAGAAGCUCGAGGAGCUGCCGCUUGUUGACGUGCAGAAGACUCGGCAUGACUGGCCGGCGGGCGCCAACGAGACCUUAGUUGAGAACGAGGAGUUCGAGGUGACCCGGCUGGCCGUGCUGGAGGAGGACUCCGUCCGAAUGAGGCGCCGCUGCUCCUAUCGCGUCAGGAUGACCUACCCCCCUGCACUCACCCAGCGGCAAUUCAACUAUGUUCUCAACCAGAGGAGGCACCCCGGUGGCCACGCUGGCGACAGCACGGCGGUAGAUGACUCGCUGGUUAAGGAGACCAUGCUUUUCGUCGCCGGCCGCUUCAUCGACAUCGGCCUGGAGGACCUCGCCGCCGCCAUGCAGGCCUAUGUGCCGCAGGUCACACUUCGCGAGACCGACUUGGGGAGGCUCCGCGACUGUGUGGUCGACCCCUUCGACGCCAAGAGUCGGUUCGUGCCUGGGAAUUCGUUUUCGUUUUGGGUGCACGUGGAUGGUUAUGAGGUGUGGGACCCGACAGGGACGGACACGGGUGUGGCGCCUGGCACGUGGGAGUACAGGACGCUGGCCGCCAUGCUGCCAGACAGAGGCAGGGCACAUAGGAAUGGCUGGGGAGAAGAGGCGACCGAGUGAGUGUUUCUUAACGAGAGUCUUUUCUCUGUGUGGUCUUGUGUUCAUGACGGUUGGUGUUUGAGCUAACGGAUAUACGGACACUCACCCAUUGAAACCAAGCAAUCGAGUGCAAUGGCAAAGCUGCCAUGAUACUGAACCAUUGCUUGCAGUAGA